GCUAGCGGCAGCGGCAGCAGCUGCAGCAGCGGCGCACCAGCAGCAGCAACAGCAGCAGCAGCGCCGCCGCAAUAUGUCCCAUGUGCCAAGCGCGACGUCUGGUCUGACGCAAUUGACGGCGCCAGCUGGUCAUGCCACGCCCACGCAUCUGCAGCAGCUGAACAAGUUGCAGCAACUGUACCCGCCGCCCAGUUUUGGGCAUCCCGCCCUGCCCAUUGCCGGCGUAACGCUGAUGCCCCAGCUCUGCCAUCCCAUACUGCACCAGAAUCUGGGCGCCUCGCUGUACCCAGCGCCACCGAAUGGCAUCAAGCAGGAGUACGGCUGCCAGGAUGUGAGUAGCUUAAGUGCUGCGGCUGCUGCCGCCGCUGCGACGAGCUCUGCCUCGGCAGUGGCUGCUGCCCAGGCGGCAGCGCUUGCCUCGUUGCGCGGCGGCCCCCAGCAGCCGGAUGAUCCUGAUAUGGCGCUCAAUCUGGAGCCAGAGAUUAUAUUGCAAACGCCACCCGAUGUCAAUCCCGCGCAGCAGCAGCAGCACCACUUCAAUGCACACCAGCAACAGCAGCAGCAGCAGCAUCACUUGCAGCAGCAACAGCAGCAGCACUGCAACAUGUUUCAGCACAUGGCGCCACAGGCGCAUAUGCAGCAUAUGCGAGCAGCGCCGUUGCCGCCACCGCCCACAGUGGCGCUGCCACCGCCGCCGCCGCCAUCGUCAUCGACGACGCACCAGCAACAGCCACAGCCACCACCGCCGCCGCCUCCGCAGCAACAGCAACAGCAACAGUUGCAGCAGCAUGCGCAAUAAUAAGAGAUUAACGCACUCGCCUUUAGUUCAUAAGCUCAACUAGCCACAUACGCAUUUCAAAGUUCAAGUUCAUGUUUAUUUUGUAAAGAGAGAGAGAGAGAGAGAUUGUCUGAGUGCGGCAGAGCGGCAGAGUGUACUCAUAAGUUGUCAUAGUAUAUGAACUAGUUUUUUGGCGCAAUUCGAUCUAUGAGCUUUAAAUAGAAAAUUUCGCAAAAUUUCGUAUUACGUGCACUUAAAUCUCAUUUGAAAUUGCUUAAAACUAAC